AAGUAUAAGGUUAUCAAACGGACUCUAUGGUAUAAAGUUAUAGGCCCUAAGUGUUUGAUCCGGUCCAAUUAGAAAAUCACUUGCCCAAGAUCCGGAAUUAACCUAAUAACCGAUCGUCGUGUACCAAUUCAUCCGAUCCGGCAUCUCCGUUUCCAGCUCCUCUUCCCCAACGCACGCCGUCUACACCACGCACGCUGUUCGUCUAGUAUCUCGAGCUUGACUACAAGUAUAAAAAUGCAAAUGGAAAGUGCUUUGUCCGUCAUUGGUCCAAGGCCAUCUGAACUGUCAAAUCCUUUCGGUGGAUUCCAAGCCCCAGGACCAAAUGGAAAACAGAGAACCUCAAGCCUGGAAUCUCCAAUCAUGUUGCUGACUGGACAUCAAAGUGCUGUAUAUUCAAUGAAGUUCAAUCCUUCAGGAACUAUAAUUGCAUCUGGUUCGCAUGACAAGGAAAUCUUUCUAUGGAAUGUAUAUGGCGACUGCAAAAACUUCAUGGUCUUAAAAGGGCACAAAAAUGCUGUUCUGGAUGUCCAGUGGAUGACCGAUGGGUCAGUCAUAAUAUCAGCCAGCCCUGACAAGACACUUAGAGCUUGGGAUGUUGAAACUGGAAAACAGAUAAAGAAAAUGGUUGAGCAUUCAUCUUUUAUCAACUCAUGCUGUCCUGCCCGAAGGGGCCCACCACUCAUUGUGAGUGGAUCGGAUGACGGGACUGCCAAACUUUGGGAUAUGCGCCAAAGAGGAGCAAUUCAAACGUUUCCAGACAAAUAUCAAAUAACCGCGGUUAGCUUCUCUGAUGCAUCUGACAAAAUAUACACAGGUGGGAUUGAUAACGAAGUGAAGGUGUGGGAUAUCCGUAGAAGUGAGGUCACUAUGACCCUCCAAGGACAUCAUGACACUAUAACUGGUAUGUCACUGAGUCCAGACGGGUCUUAUCUGUUGACCAAUUCCACGGACUGCAGUCUUCGUAUUUGGGACAUGCGUCCAUAUGCCCCACAAAAUCGGUGCGUUAAGAUCCUGGAAGGACACCAACACAAUUUUGAAAAGAACUUGUUGAAAUGUGGUUGGUCUCCUGAUGGGAGCAGGGUAACAGCUGGCAGCUCUGACCGCAUGGUUUACAUAUGGGAUACGACUUCCCGGCGGAUUUUGUAUAAACUUCCUGGACACACUGGGGCUGUGAAUGAAUGUGUCUUUCAUCCGUAUGAACCUAUUAUUGGUUCCUGUAGUAGUGAUAAACAAAUCUAUCUCGGUGAAAUUUGAGUAUUCCAGAGGUGUCCUUGAAACUCAGGUACAAAUCUAGAAUUAAGACUGAAGUUCUUUUUCCGUAGCUGGAUGUAACAUUUCUGACAAAAGCAUGGUUUUAUCUGACCAUGAACAAAGGGUUUGUUCAACUUUGAUAUGUUCUAAAAAGAAGAUUUCUCCAUUAGAUGUUGGUUUUCCGAUAUAUGUUUGGUGUCUGUAUUUUAUCUGUUGAGCGUUGUACAUUAGAAACACUGUGUCGUCAAUUUGUCAUGUAUAACAUAUCUUAUGUUAUCUCUAGUGGAAGUGAAGUAUCACUCGAUGAGAGGAGGCUUUUGGGAAUGAACACAUUUUGUGGUGCCAGGUCAAUUGACAACAUAUAAAGAAGCUCAGAUCCUAUUUCUUUUCAUAUUCAAGUGGAAUGUGGGGUUGGAGGACUUGAUAAAGCACACUUGUCAUAAACAAUAUUUGUUCCUAUGUGCCCCCCAACAAUUCAUCUCAGGAACAGAUGAGAGGUUCUUACUGUAUGCGGCAAAAGGACAAAUCAAGCGGGUUACACUGAUAACUCCAAUUAUAAACAAUAGAGCAGUUUUCGACAUAGCCUCUAUAUAGAUAUCCAGAAACUUCAUCACAAUCACGAAUUUAUAGUUUGGAACUUGGUGCAUGGACAUCUUUUUUGUCAAAGAAUUUAAAACAAAAUUCGUUUGGCCGUUGAAAGAAAA